AUGAGCACAAACAUGGUCGAUCAACGCCGUAAAGGCUUCCCCCGAGUCCAUCGAUACAUCACCACCCACAAUCACGACGGUGAAGCCAUCUUUCUCUCUAGCAGCCAAGUGCCGGAAUGCGCGCCUUUCCGCUCAGCAGGUGAAGACGGUGAACUCGCAUUAUUGUACGCAACAGAUACAUUCCCCAUUCAAUGCCAGAACGAAGUCGAUGUCGCCGUAUAUGAUUCGUAUCUACACAUGCCGCCGGGACUUACGCCAAGCAACGGAACAAUGUUUCGCGUGAUUGAUGUGCAACCGCUCAAAGAGACACCCAUGCAUAGAACCGUGACUGUUGACUACGGGAUUAUCUUGGAAGGGGAGGUGGAUCUUGUUUUGGAUAGUGGUCAGAAGAGGACACUGCGACAGGGAGACGUUACAAUACAAAGAGGCACGGCACAUUCGUUUCGGAAUAGGAGUGAUUCGAAAUGGUGUCGCGUGAUGUUUGUGUUUUUGCCAAUGCAGGAGUUGCAAAUCGCUGGGAAGAAAAUGGAUGAGGAAUGGUACGAAGAGAGGUAUGAGACUAGAGAUCCGCAGGAAAUAAUUGAGCAGGAGGGUUGUCAUGAUUGA